AUGUCUUCCCCGGGUUCCGACGACUGCGAGCACUGGCCCUCCGACAACAAAUUGUGGACGGAGUCGGCGGUCGCUGUCCCUGGAUAUGACAGCAACAACGGAUUGCAGUACCACACGUAUGAGCCCGCCAAGUCGCCAUCACCAGAGAAGGCCCCACCAGCUCCAGUUCCGCAAGUCGUCUACCAAGGCGCUCCGCCUGGACCACUUUAUUGGCCUCACCAGGCUCCUGGCAACCCGCAGGUACAUCUCGUUACCAUACCAUACCAUGUCCAUCGAAUCCGCGCGAUCAAGUCUUUAGUCUUUGCAAUUCAUUCGAGCUCCACUGAGUUAAUGAUCCCAUGCUGACAAUUUCGCAGCCACAGUACUACUCUCAUCCACCACAAGCCUACUACUAUCAGAACCCGACUCAGCAGGGCUACUACACGUACGCCGCCCCACCUGCGCCAGCCCCGAUGCCUCAGCCAGCUCCGAUGCCUCAGCCAGCUCCCUCCGCAGGCCACAAGUUCCACGUCUACGUCCCAGCCGACUCCAAGGACAAAGAGGUGACCGGCAAUGUCUGGGAGGGUCGCAGCAAGCAACAGGUGGAGGAGGACAAUAUGAAGAUUGCCAAGAGAGAGGGUGCGUACGACAAGCGCAAGAUAGCACCAGUCGAUGUGACGGACGACCAGUACUUCUGGGUUGCGGAUCCUGAUGGCGGCCCGUCCACUCUUCGGUAUGUUCGAAUCGACCCGAACACACUCGUGCGGUUGCUAAUUCCGUGAUCGCAGGGACUACCGCUACAUCAAGACCAUCAAGGGUAGCUGGAAGAAGGAUCCGCGCUUCGAAGAUAGCUACUACUUCCUGCGCGAGGAGGAGGAGAAGAAGAAGUAG